CCCAUAAUUCAUUUUAGAAUUACGAAUACAGAAGACGGAGAAAAUUGUAACCGGAAGUGGAAGGUUCAGGGUAGACUGGUUGGUACCCACUGUCUUCUUCUUCAGUCUCCUUAACCUGUGCCUCAAGGUAUCUUUUCAUCCCAAUUCAUCAUAAUUCUUAUAACCUUUUCCCAAAUCAAUUUUAGGGUUUUCAAGUUUCAUUCAAUAAAAAAUUAAAUUAAGGAUCAAAAUCAAAAUCAAAAUCAAUUCAUGCAUUCAACCACUAAAUACGAGGAAUCACUUGUUUAGAACCUCUGAUUUCUCCUUAAUCAUGUCGAACGCCGCCGGUGAAGAAGAAUCCAGCGUAGUGUUAAGCGACUUAGAAGAGGAUGAUGAUAAUUCACCGGCGCCGAUGAAAUUAGCAGUUAAUUCAUCGGAACCUGAAAUAUCCGUUGAGAAAUUCAACGAAUUACUGGCAGAAUAUGAUCGCGAGAAGAAAGCUCGAAUUGCUAUUGAGAAUUCGAAAUCGGAACUCGAUGUUCGGUAUAAUCGUCUCAAAUUACUUGCUCGGGAAGCGAUCAAGAAGAGAGAUGAGUGCACGAAUCAACGAGAUGAGGCGAUUAAGGAACGCGAUGAAAUCGUGAGUCAAAGAGAUGAUGCAAUACAAGCGAAUGAGAAGUUGAGUAAGGAGUUGAUGGAAGUGAACAAGGCGAAAGAGGAAGUAUCAAAGCAAUUGGAAGAGGCAUUGAAGGGGAAAGAUACGUCUAGGGCAGAAAUUGAGGCGGCUGCACAAAUGUUGGUUACAGGGAUUGAGAAAAUUUCAGGGAAAGUAAGUCAUAUCAAGAACUUUUCAGGUGGAGGUUUGCCAAGGUCACAGAAGUAUACAGGAUUGCCUGCUGUUGCUUAUGGUGUAAUUAAGAGAACGAAUGAUAUUGUGGAGGAGAUGCUUAAGCAGGUUGAUUCGAUGACUAAGUCAAGGAAUGAGGCUCGAGAGAUGGUUGAGCAGAGAAAUUAUGAAAUUGCAAUUGAAGUUUCUGAGUUGGAAGCAACCAUUAGUCAGUUAAGGGAUGAGGUUGGGGAGAAAAGUAGUCAAAUCGAGGGUUUGGAGAAGUGCAUUGUUGAGAAAGAUGGGAAGUUAGAGGAGAUUGAGGGUGGGAUGACGGAGAAGAUUGGUUUGAUUGAGAAUGAAAGGGAGGAGUUGAGGAAGUUAGUAGAUGGGUAUGAGGGUAGAAUUAGGGAUUUGGAGCUGCAAAUGGAGAAGCAAAGACCUUUACUUAUUGAACAGUUGGCUUUUGUGUCGAAAAUUCAUGAUCAGUUGUAUAAUGUGAUUAAGAUUGUGGAUGCUAAUAAUGGUGAUCAGUCAGAAUUCUCAGAGUCCUUGUUUCUUCCUCAGGAAACAGGGUUGGAGGAGAAUAUACGGGCGUCAUUAGCUGGAUUAGAAUCUAUACAUGAACUAAGUAGAAUUGUUAUUGCGAAGACUAGAGAAGUUUUGGAAGAAAAGAGCCAUGAGGUGAAGAGUUUAAAUGAAACAGUUGCCCGAUUAUUUAGGGAGAAGGAGCAUGUAGGGGUUUUGCUAAGAAGUGCUCUUUCUAAGAGAUUAACCUCGGGUUCCACAACUGAAACAAAUGCAGUGUUCCAAGUUGCUGAAAAUGGGUUAAGAGAAGCUGGAAUUGAUUUUAAGUUCAGUCAUGUUCUCGAGGAUGCUAGCAAAGAAGGUUCACAGGAAACAAAGGAUGAUGAAAUUUAUGCCCUGGCUGGUGCUUUGGAAAGCAUUAUCAAGGAAUCACAUCUUCAAAUUCUUGAGCUUCAACAUUCCAUAGAGGAGCUGAGGGCAGAGUCAAGUUUACUCAAAGAGCAUUUGGAGACUCAAUCCAAGGAGCUCUCCCUGAGAAAACUUCGUAUUGAGGAACUUGAAGAGAAGGAGCGGCAAGCGAAUGAAAAUAUUGAAGGGCUUAUGAUAGAUAUUGCUGCUGCUGAAGAGGAAAUCACAAGAUGGAAAGUGGCAGCGGAGCAAGAAGCUGCAGCUGGAAGAGCGGUGGAGCAGGAAUUUCUUGCUCAGAUAUCUUCUUUUAAGCAAGACGCCGAGGAAACAAAGCAAGCAAUGCUAGAGUUGGAGAAAAAGCUCAAAUUCAAGGAAGAGACAGCUACUGCAGCGAUGGCUGCAAGAGAAGCAGCUGAAAAAUCAUUGAGAUUAGCAGACACCAGAGCUUCAAGAUUGAGAGAUAGAGUGGAAGAACUGACUCGGCAGCUUGAAAACUUGGACAUUAUAAACGACAGCCGGAAUAGUACUCGUCCGAGAUAUGUAUGCUGGCCAUGGGAAUGGCUCGGUAUCGACUUUGUGGGUAUGCGACGGCAGAUUGAUAUGCCGCAGCAACAAGGUUCAAAUGAAAUGGAGCUAUCAGAACCUCUUUUGUGAUUUGUAAUUCUUUUUAGUUUCUGUAAUUUGUGUCAAUUUUAAAAAUCUCAUUUGGGUUUUCUUUGUAUAAAUUGAAUUUGUAGCUCGUCUCCAUAGUAUUGGAAAUUUUUACAGCUCUGUCCAUAGAACACAUAAAUUUGUUAAAAGCCACCUUGCUUACUGAUCACCAACUAGGAAGCUGAUGGUUACACUUCACCUUAAAUCAAUGAUGAAAUUGCAUUAUAUUUGGUUUC